AUGGCCCGGUCGUACGGCGGCCGGGUGCUGGCCGCGAUGACCUUGCUGGGCAUCCCGGCGGCCGUGCUGGCGGCGCUGGGAGCGCAGCUGCUGUUCCAGCUGCAGGCAGGCCGCGCCGAGCUUCGGGGACUGCGCGCCGACGGGCUCGGCCCGGAGCUGGGCACCGGCCCUGGGCUGCCCGAGGACGCGGCCGGGGCGCUGCUGCCGCUGGCCGCCGCGCUCGCCGCGCUCGCCCUGGUGUUGGGCCUCACCUGCCUUCUGCUCGCGGCGCUCUGCGGCCACCUGGGCGCCGAGCUGGCGCGGGGGCCCGGCCCCGGCAGGUCUGACUGGUUUCUCUAUGACUGCCGCCUCCUCAGACACGUGGCCCUUGGCCUUUUCUGCUGUGGGGUCUCUGUCUACUUAGCAGCACUGUCCAUCUACGCCCUGCUGCUCUUUGAGAUCGAGACAGGUGCAGCAGCCGCCUCCAUCCUUGGAGUGGGUGCUCUGGUCCUGGUGGCAGCGCUGACCCACACUCUGCUCCGAGCUGCCCGGGCCACCCGCCGUGGCCUCCAUGAACUGUCCCCACCACACUUUGAAGACGACCCUGUCCGCCCUGCUGAAGUCUCCAAGGCCAGCCCCAGGGCUCAGCCCCAGCAGGGUACCCACCACCACACCCCCUACUCAUCCUGCCCAGAACCUGGGGACCCCCUCAGACCCACAGUCACUGCUACAGCACCUGCAGCCAUGGGGGGAGGCCGGGAGAGCAGCCUGCCUUUAUCCCACUUGCACCGGACACUGUCAGCUGGCAGGGGCCACUGGGAAGGGGUCACCCACGAGAUGCGUAGCAUGCUGGGCCACCGGUCACGGGGCUCAGGGAAGGACUCUACACUGGUGUGA